GCCUGUGGCAAGCAUUGUCACUUGCUGUGUUUGCCGUUUAGUCUUACGUCUACACUUAAGCACAUACACUCCAAUCGGACUGCUCACUCAUGUAAGAGUCUUACAGCCUUGCAGGAUUUAUUUUCCUUUAUGAUCCAUACCCACUUUCUGUCUACACUGUUUCUCUCUCAAGAGUUACAAGAUGAAAAAGAUUAUAGAGAUUAUGGUAAUGAAAUGGUAUUUAUAAACUGAACAAACAAAUAAAUCAGAGUUGUGUCCUCUUUUAGAUAUGCAAUGCAGAACCAUUGAAAAGCUGAGGUGGAAAUUACAUUAAAAAUCCAGCUGGUUUAGCCAUAAAUGUGUGCCAAAAACACAAUCCGGGUGUCAAAAUAUGGAAGACUUUUGAGAUCCAUGUUCUAUAUUCUAGUUUUGCAAUUAAAAAAUACACAUAAAACAGUAGAUUUCCACACACUUUAAUGGGUUGGUCCCAAUGAGUUGACCGCAAGCGUUUUGAAGCCAAAUUUCCCCUUUCAGCUGCUUUGUAUGAUUAGAGUUGAAGUUUGUGAGAUGGAAUUGGAUCUUCAAUUAGCUGCUUUGACCAUUUAAUUACAAAUUACCUUCUCCCAUCAUGUGAAGGCAGAAAGUUGCCCACAAAAUGUUUUGUUUUUGAUUGUUGAUAGGAUUGUUAAAGGAAUAUUCCAGGUUCAAUAUAAGUUGAGAUAAAUCGACAGCAUUUGUUGCAUAAUGUUGAUUACCACAAAAAUGAAUUUCAACUUCUCUCCUUUUCUUUUAAAAAUAGCAAAAAUCUGGGUUACAUUGAUGCACUUAGAAUGGAAGUGAAUGGGGCCAAUAAUAAUUAUAUAUAAACUUUAAAAUACUGUUUCAAAAGUAUUGUCAGAACGCGUAAACAAUAUGCAUGUGAACAUGAUUUUAGUGUGAUAAAAUCGCUCCCUAAUCUUUCCUGUGUAAAGUUAUAACCAGUUUUAUAACAUGGUUGCCAUUACGAAGUAACGUCGGUGACAAAUAACGAAGUUCAUCUGCCUAGAACUUUUAACAGAGGAAUUAAAGGAAUAUUCAAUACAAGUUAAGGUCAAUCAGCAGCAUUUGUGGCAUAAUAUUGAUUACCACAAAAAUUAAUUUAGACUAGCCCACUCUUUUAUUUAAAAAAAAAAAAAGAAGCAAAAAUCUGGGUUCCAGUUAAGCACAUACAAUGGAAGUGAAUGGGACCAAUACGUAAACAUUAAAAUACAUGUGUGUUAACGAUUUGAGUGUGAUAAAAUAAUUUACUAACCUUUUCUGUGUUAAGUUAUAUUCAAUUUCACAACUUCGCUACCAUGACGAUGUAAUGUCAACAAACCCUAAAAUGACAAUUUCAAAACUUUACAGCUCAAAUAAUACACGAGUUUUAAUAGAAUAAUUAAUGUAAAUGCAUUUAUAAAAUUACAAGCUUCACGGUUCUGCCUUUAAACCCUCCAAAAUUGGCCCUAUUAAUUUUCCCUUUUUUUUUUUUUUAAUCCACGUGCUUCUGUGUUUUCCCAAGAAUUUGAAACCCCGUCGCUCCAUUACGUAAUCUUAGUGCCUUUGUUAUCAGAGGCGGCGAUUCUGUUUGCGUCAUUUUAGCGCUGCUGGAAAUCUGCCCUCCGCUCGACUGUUCUAAGAUCAGCCACCAAACGCAAUUGUUUCAGUGAUAGCGUUCGGUCAAUAGAACGUCCGUUCCGCGGUCAGACUCAGUCACGCGUGUGCGCGCAGGUCCGAAUGAGCGAGCAAAGUGUGUUCGUGCAGUACUGACAGUUAUGCAAGCCGCCCUGCACAGAGCCACGAUGUCCUACACUGCUGCUCAAGAAGACAACGGGGAUCCUGGAUUAAACGGAUCAUGGGUGGAACUGGAGAUGAACAGAAACUCUGCAUCCCUCGCUUCAUCCAACGUCUCCGUACUGCCUCCUCUAGCUCAGGUUGAAGAGGAGGAUGAUGGGAUGGUGGGAGGGCUAGAGCACGUUCCCUCAUCAUCCUCCAUCCACAAUGGGGACAUGGAGAAAAUCCUCCUAGAUGCCCAGCACGAGUCCAGCCGCAGUAACUCCUCUUGUGACAGCCCUCCUCGACCCCACAGUCCUCAGGAUGAUGGACAGAUAAUUUUUGACGUGGACAUGAGGAGAGACAGUCAGGAGGAAGUCAUGGAGAAGAUGAGAGAUGAUGACAUUUUAAUGAAGGAUUCAGACUGGGUGGCAGACUGGUCAAGUAGACCAGAGAAUAUUCCACCCAAGGAGUUCCACUUCCGGCACCCACGGCGUUCAGUGAUUCUGAGCAUGAGGAAGACAGGAGCAAUGAAGAAAGGAGGCAUCUUCUCUGCUGAGUUCCUCAAAGUGUUCAUCCCAUCACUGCUCCUGUCCCACAUCCUGAUUCUAGGCCUUGGGGUCUACAUUGGGAAAAGACUGACUACUCCCCCUGCAAGCUCCAUUUGAACAGAAUUCUGAUGAAGUGCCUCAGGCAUCGACCCAGGUGGAUUAGGGAGAAGGUUGCAGUUUGUACAAAGAAUGACCCCUGCCCCUUUUCUUUCCUUUUACUUUUUUCCAACCCUACACUUUUUAUUUCCUUCCCUUUUUGGUAUUUUCUUUCAUUUGGCCUUUCCACAAAGAGAAGUGACAUUCGCACAUUGUAGAUUAACAGAGAAGUUCACUUCUCUUCAUUUCAGGCCCUUUUUACUUUCUGUUUGCGGUAUCCCUUUAUUUGUUCAGUUUAUUUUCAAAACAAUUGAGUGUUGCAAUACCCCUUGGCUCUUUAUAGGUAGAGUGGCAUUUAAGAUUGGAAGUAUUUGUUGGCAGUGGGUUAAAUCAAACCUACAUGCUAUUUCAGCACUAGCUUGAACAGAGAUCUGUCUCUUUAGUUGCCCGUUUGGGUCUGAUCAUGACCCAGAAGUUGGCCACACACACAUAGUGACUGAGUGAUAAAGGAUACUCCUAGUUUUCAUCCUGAAAUUUGGAUCAAGCAAAAAAAUAUAGACUUAUCGAAGAUAUAUGAGUAUGCCUGGGUGGUAGCUAAGAGUUUGUUUAUUUAUUACUACAAAUGCUUUCCUUUCAGUUAUUUUAUUUACGUUUUGGAGGAGAUGUUAGAAUGAUGGACUUGUAUAUGUUUUGGGAAGGAUAGGGCUCUUCGUAGACAACCUACACAUCCUGUGAUGAUGGAAAAUGGCAAAAUUAAUAGCUUGAUAAUAAGAAGAAACAUAAUAUAUGUAUUUGACUGUACCAGAUGCAAUUUUAUACCAAGUUUUGCAUAAUCUUUUACAUACUUCUGACAGUACACAAAGAAAGUGCUUGGUACCAGGAAAUGUCUAAUACAUAAAUUAAUGUUUGGAAUAUUUCAUGUCAUAAACAUAUAUUAACCAUCUAGUCGGAUGGGGCUGACGGGUCCCUGUAUGAAAAUUAUUUUAUUUUAUUUUAUUUUUUCUGUGCUUGUUUCUCUGUGUUUGUUGUUAUUUUGUUUGCCUCUAGUAACUUUUAAAUACAUAUCAGGACCUAGCGAUUUCAUAACUAGGUAUGUAUGGCAGUUAAGGGGCCUUUCAGACCGAAUGCGUUUUUCAUAAAAAAAAAAUUAAAAAAAGGCUAGACACAGUCUAACAAAUAGAACAGAAUGUAGGUGUCCAGAGAUGUGUUUUUAAAAGCUGAAGUUCUUUUAACUUGACAAGGCUUCUAAAAAUGUGGCGCUCCUGUGUCUGACCCUGAAAAAAACAGCGAGACAUGACACAAUGCUCAAAAACGUCCAUCUGGAGAACUAGAAAAACAAUUGGAAAACAGUGCAGACGGACAUAAAAAUACACUCGGGCAGCCUGCUUGUGUGUUUUGCCAUGUCAAACAAUUUGGAAGUUUGUUAAAUCAUCUACAGUAUCUUAUUGCAUUUUCAUGCUGUUAGCUUGAGGAGAUUGUCUUGAAAUGUAAGAGGUUUUUGCACCACAGUACAACAAGUGAUCAGGUGUGAUGUGUUCCACCUAGCAGAAAAAUUUACCUUAAAGGAAUUACAGUAGUUGCAAAUUCAAUUCUAUCAUCAUUUACUCAUCCUCAUGUCAUUCCAUAUGCGAAGGACUUUCUUUCUUCCGUGGAACACAAAAUGAGACAUUUUGAAGAAUGUUCUCUCUGCUCUUUUCCAAACAAUGGAAAUUAAUGGUGACAGACUUUAUAGAGCUGUACAACUAGUCCAUAUGACAUGUGCACUGUAUUCCAAGUCUCCUAAGGCCAUAUGAUACUUUUUUGUCAUUAUUUGCUUAAAACUUGGUGCGUGAAGAUGCGUCAUGCCAGGUUUGAAUGAAGCAUGAAUGAGAUUAAAGAACUGCGGCUUAAAUUUCUGUCUGUAACUCCAUAAAAGCUUCCAUAUGGCUUGAGAAGACUUGAAAUUUAGCACACAAGUCAAAUGGAAUACUUUUAUAGUGCUUUUUUGUCGUUGUCAUAUUUGGAGCAUUUACAUGCAGCCCAUGACCACUAUAUGAAUUUUGUUGCAUGGAAAAAAGACAGAAUUUUCAUUUUGGGUGAACUAUUCCUUUUACCCAUGCAGAGUCUAGUCACACACAUUUAGUUAACACUAACACUCCAGCACAACAGGUGACAAUGCAUAAAACCAGUGGACAUGAACAUCCAAAUGCUUAUUUUUUUGGUGCAGAGUUUGUGUUUUCCUAUAACCCUGAAGAGAAUUAUCCUCAAGUCUAGUAGUGUUUUUUUUUUUUUUUUUUGUCAAGACAUUUUAUGUGUAUUUUGAAUGUGUGCGCACAUUCCUUUGGUCUUCAUUGUCUAAAUCUGUGAAGGAUUUGUCUCUCCUCAAACAGCUGCCAAAACCAACUGAGAGAUCAUCAUUUAAAAACUUUGUGCCUCGGCUCCAUAAUCAUGUUUGAUACUUUGUGAUGUUAUUGUUUCCAAAAGCUAAUUUUUUCAGUUUUCUGUGCCACAUGCUAUUUUAUUUUCCUUUUUUUUUUUUUUUUUGCGCCACCUUGUCUGUGAACACAACAUUUUGAAGGUUCCUCUAAUGCUUUGUUUAAAUUUUUUGAUGCUUUAAAAACCAAGGCAAACUAGUGUAGAUAUUACACAGAGGAGAAGAUACAAGAUAGCUGUUAAUAAACAAAGAUUUGUUAAGUGGGUUUUAGUUUUAUUGUUAAAGGGAUAUUUCACCCAAAAAUUACAAUUCUCUCAUUAUUUACUCACCCUCACGCCAUCCCAGAUGUGUGACUCUGUUUCUUCUGCAGAACACAAAUGAAGAUUUUUUUAAGAAUAUCUCAGCUCUGUUGGUCCAUACAAUGCAAGCAAAUGGUGACCAGAACUUUGAAGCUCCAAAAAGCACAUAAAGGCAGCAUAAAAGCAAAUAAUAAAUAAAUGACAUUUAUUUGUCCAGUGGUUAAUUUCACUGGAUUUGGUUAAUCACUGGAUUUCUAAAGUGGUAUAAUCUAUAUGCUCAGAAGCUAUAUGAUAAGAGUGGGUGAGAAACAGAUCAAUAUUUAAGUCCUUUUCUACAGUAAAUCUCCACUUUCACUUUCAAAUUCGAAUUCUUUUGUUUUUGGCUAUUUGCAUUCUUCAUGCAUAUCGCCACGUACUGAGAAUUUAUAGUAUUUUUAUAGACUCCAGUGGUUUAAUGCAUACAACUCCAUGUCUUCUGAAGCAAUCUAAUCAGUUUUGGGUGAGAACAGACCAAAAUGUUACUCCUUUUUCACUGUACAUCUUGCCAUUGUAGUCUGUAGUCACGAUCAUGAUUUCAAGCUCAAUUACACUUCCUAGUGCUUGGCUUAUGUGCAGAGUGCUAGAUGGUGCUAUAGGAAGUGUAAUCCAGCUUGAAAUCAUAAUCACCAAGAAGACUGCUGAUGUCAAGAUUUAUAGUAAUAAAGGAGUUAUAGGGUAAAAUGGGGCUAAAGGCACCCCUUAAGGAAAUUUAGCUUUUUUCUGGUCACAAAAUGUAUCUAUCUAUCUAUCUAUCUAUAUAUAUAUAUAUAUAUAUUAAUUGAAAAUUGAUGGAGCAGCAUAAUUUGUGUGAAAAGCAAUAAUAACAGAAGGUUGUUUAGAUUAAAAUCCAGUUAAAAAAUAAAAAAGGUGGUGAGGGAGCCUUUUACCCCAGUUGGUGUAAAAGGCCCCUGGGGGUUUAAAGCGAUAUAGUGUAGAUACCAGGCCAAUAGUUAUAAGGCAUAAUUUGUCAACUAAUGCCAAUAAUUUUGAGACAGAAAAAUAAUUUUUGAAGAUCAAAUUAAAAUGAUGUGUAUUCAAAAUAACUACAGAAAAAAAGUCAACUGUUUCCUGUUAAUUUCAAACACAUUUGGCAUUUUAUUACAUCUCAAGCAUUCUAUAAACAAGCUAAUCUCUAUUAUGAUUGGAUCAGUCAAUGUGAGCCCACUAUGAACAUUUUUCAUAACAAAUCUAUUCCCGGCACUUUAAAAACAACAAAAAAACCCAUGUGUUUAAUAGGGCCCUUUAGCCCCUACAACAGGGGGGUCUUUUACCCCAAAUGCUAUGCUUUCACUAUUGGACAGUUAUUGAAAAAUGUUUAAUUUAAUGACCUUAAACAAAACUGAAAAUGCUAAGUAUUUAGUCACAAAAGAAAUGUGUUAAUUUCAGGGAUUUUCAUUAGCUACAUAAAUUUGCAACAUUUUAAAAAAUAAUAAAAAUUUGAUCAGAUUGCCUCAAAAUAAACCUAUAGAUAUUAUACACAAAGAUCUCAUGGAUCAGGUGCAGUGCAUAGUGUUAAAUAGGUGUUUAGGAAAGUACUGUGGUAGUUUUUGUUGCUAUUUAGUAUUUUGGGAGAAAAUAAAAUCAAUGGAGCCUUUUACCUCGUGGAGCCUUUAGCCCCAUUGUACCCUACUGUAUUUUGGUCUGUUCUCAUCCAAAAUCGAUUAGAUCGCUUCUGAAGACAUGGAUUAAGCCACUGGAGUCGUAUAGAUUACUUUUAUUUUUAUGUAUGGAUCUACAGAGCUGAGAUAUUCUUCUAAAAAUCUUUAUUUGUGUUCUGAAGAAGAAAGUCAUACACAUCUGGGAUGGCAUGAGGUUGAGUAAAUGACAAGAGAAUUCAUUUUUUGGGUGAACUAUUCCUUUAAUUGUUGUUGGAAAGAAGUUGAUAAACCACCUUUGUGUAGAAACGUUCUUCAGACUGCAAUGAUAAAAUUGUAAAAAAACAAAAACAUGUUACUAUGUUUUAUUGAUUUUACAGUAACCCCCCCCCCCCCCAUGCUUUAUAGUAUAUUGUUUUAUAAAUCUAAGUCUAUCUCACUAUCUGCUCUAAGACAUGCAUGUUUUAUUCAUGUUUUAAAAAUUACCCCACAAGACAUCCUAUACUUUUCUUUAGUAACCUAAUUUUUGCAAAGAAUAAUCUUGUGAUUUUUAAACUUUUCCCUUAAAUUCUCUCCACCUCUUACUGUGCACAAGCAUAAUUAUUAAGUAUUAAACCUUUGCACAUAACUCCCAUAGACUUAGAUUGAAGUCAUAUCUAGGGACCAGAAUAUCACACAGCUGUUGGGGUGAGCUCUUAAUACAUAACACCCUAGCAACCACCAGAAUUGUGUUAACAACCACUCAGAACAGCUAUGCAAGUUAAGCUCAGUCGACAGCAUUUGUGGCAUAAUGUUGAUUGCACAAAUUUUUUUUUUUUCGAGUUGUGCCCCUUUUCUUAACAAAAAACAAAAAAAACAAAAGCAAAAAUCUGAGUUACAGUGAGGCACUUACAAUGAAAAAGAAUGGGGCCAAUCUGUAACAUUAAAAUACUCACUGUAUUAAAAGUAUAUCCACAAAAAAAUAAAAAUAAAUAAACAAUAUGUGUGAUAGAA